ACCGAGUUCAUCCCCAUUCCCACAGGUUGCUGCUGUUCAUCGGCACAGGUCGCAGCGUGUCCGUCAUUCGUGUGCGAAUAGUCCGACGGCAUCGAAGUAGGUUUUGCGCGCGGUUUUGGGUCUACGGCACGGGUGCCAUUUACUACAGCAGUGCAGUGUGGCCAAAGCUUCUCCAGCAUCUGACCGUUUGCGGGUGUUUGGACGUGUGUUUUGUGCUGCAAGAGAGCGUUCUGUGCCGUCGCUUUAACUCAACCCGUGUUCGUGUUCGGAUACUAUCAAGUUCUGUGUAAAAGUGAAACAGGAAGGUUUGUGAAGGUGCUACGAAUGCUACGAAGCGCCGUUUUGUGACGUCAAACAGUGGACGAACGUUUCCGGUCGAUAGAGGAUUGUUUGCUUCGUUGCUCCGGUUGGUUUCGUGUUCGUCCUCUUCCUAUCCAAUCGCUCCCGAAAAAAAUGUGUUGAAGUUCUUGUUGAAGUUGCCCCCCCGCCGUCCUCAAUCCUGCCGUUGAGUGCGCUGAGUGCUAUUUCAAGUUAAUCCGCAGUUUGAGCCACGCCACGAGUGUGCUGGAUUACGAGAUGUAGCUGGAGGUGUGUCUCAGUUUCGGUUGAUCCCCAGGGUCAGCCAGCAGCAGCAGCAGCAGCAAGGAAUGUAAAUAAUUCGUAAGCGAGGAAAAGAAUCAGCGGGCAGCAGCAGAUUGCGCACAGCGGCCGAAGAAGUGCUCAGGAAGGCGAACGACUAGACCUCGAAGCUGCUGCUGUACAUUGUGUAUGUUUGUGUGUGUGUGACUGCUUCAUCGAUCGUCCCAGUCCAUCUGCCCGGGGUGAGCAAAAUCGAUACCGCUGCGAUAUCAUCCUACACGUUUCCUGGGCUGCUCCGGCGGCGACUUCCUUCCUUUGGUACCUUUGUACCAUCAUGAAAUGCUGACUUCUUUUAUUGCCGGCAACUGCUGCCGCCUUUGCCGCUGCUACAAUGGAAGCCGAGUUGUCCAACCAUCGCUAGGCGGAAGAGCAACAUAGUGCACCAUACACACACACACACAAACCGCUAUCCCAAAGGACGGCGCAAUGCUGCAACCUGUACCGUCGCCGUGCACCAUCUACCGACGCCUGCAAAUGUCUGUCAGCAUUUUAUCGCGCCGGCAUCAGCACCUGAAGCAACAGCACCGGCACGACGGUGCACGCCUCAGUUAAUACCGUCUCCAGCAACGUGAACGUCGCGUGAAGGACACCAGGCCGGACCCGGCGGUAAGGCUGCGAAGAACGAGACGCCCUGUGCACCCUUGCGUCAUCUGCGGGAGAGGCCGGCACGCUUUAAAAGGCUAUCCAUCCAAAGCGAAGAAGUGCACGGCGCAACGAUGUUGAAGGAACGGGACGACCAAGAUCAGGAGAUAUGCAAAGCACCGUCACCAUCGUCGACGGAGGACAGAAAGCUACACGAUGCGUCCGAUGCGGAUCCGGUUGGCUCCCAACGGGUGUACAAGAAAACUUCCUCCAACCAACUGCUGACGCUGUACCUGGGCAGCCGGGAGCUGGUGGCGCGCAAGGGCGUCAUCGAGCCGCUCAAGGGCGUGCUCUACAUCGAUUCGAAAAUCAUCAACGAGGCUAAAAUUUACGGCCAGCUAACGCUAACGUUCCGGUACGGACGGGAGGAUGAGGAAGUAAUGGGACUAAAGUUCUGCAAUGAAGCCGUUAUUGCGCUGCAGCAGUUUUGGCCACGACCGGUAACCGCCGAAACGGAUUCGUUAACACCCCUGCAGGAAGCGCUGCUCGAGCGGCUGGGGAAGAAUGCGAUUCCCUUCGCGCUGGAAAUUGGCACGCUGGCCCCACCGAGCGUACAGCUUUUGCCGGCCAAGCGGUACACCGGCGCACCGAUCGGGACCAGCUACGACGUUCGCGUCUACACAGCAGCCGAAGCAUCCGGUGACGAACGUGUCCAGCGGAGAUCAACUGUGAGAUUAGGUAUAAGAUUAAUCCAUAAGAUCUGCCUUGAUAGUACCAAAGCGCCGGCCGCACUCGAGACGGCCACCGUCAACAACUCGUACGGCGGCGAUGCGUCCGGCGGGCCGGCCGGCCCGAAAAGCCCGCCGGCGCUCAUCCCCCAGGCCUCGAUCGGGGCGGACACGAGCGCGCAAAGUGCGACCACCAUCCCCCGGGCGCUCCGGUUGCGCCUGUCGCCGAAAUCGCUCAAGCUGUCCUCGCUCCACCGGCACAGCAGCAGCGUGGACAGCACGAACGGGGGCAUCAAGUCGUACGGCGAUCAUGCCAUCAUCGAGCUGACCGAGACGAACAAGGGUCCGCAAGUGUCCGUCGAUAAGCCGUUCCUGUGGGCGGACGGACGCGUUAACCUGAAAGCAUCACUCAACAAGGCUGCCUACGUGCACGGUGAAAACGUUACCGUCACGCUCGACAUCAAGAACGACAGCAGGAAAAUUGUGCGGAAAAUUCGGCUGGUCGCAGUACAGCACGUCGACGUGUGCAUGUUCAGCAAUGGCAAGUUCAAAAACAUCGUCGCCGAGGUGGACGUCAGCAAACACAUCGGGCCGGGCGAUACGCUUCACGCGUCCUACUCGCUGCUUCCGGUUCGUGGCACCACCAAAAACUGGAUCGCUGUGGAAGGUGCCUUAUUCAGCAGCAACAGUGCCGACCCGAGCUCCUCCGCCUACAACUCCAAGCUGGCGACGAGUGCGCCACGCGGCAUGCUGUCCGCGCCCGCCACCAGCGCCGAGGAGAAGAACGUGUUCGCCAUCUACGUCUCGUACUACGUCAAGGUGAAGCUAAUACUCAGCAGCAUGGGCGGCGAGGUAUCGCUCAAGCUGCCGUUCGUGCUCGGCAACGUGGAGCUGAGCAGCGCGGACGCAUCGAAACCGCCCGACACGCUCAGCGGGCUCAAGCGGCUGCGCGAGCUGCGCCGCAAGUCGUCCGCCAUCGCGACGAACGGCGGCGUUGGCGGCAGUCUCGACUUUACGCCCUGCCGGUCACCGCUCUCGAAGGAGCUGAGCCUGCGGGACGUGGACGAACCGCCGCUGGAGGUGGACGAGGGCGGCGCGGCCAGGGUGCGAAACCUCAACCAGCACAACUCUCAACUCUCGCCCGGCAGUCGGCGGACUGUGUCGCCGACGAUCGCAGCCGAUCGCGCGACUGCCGGCGGCGGCGAGCAGGAGCAGCAGGCCACCAUCAACAGCCGCCGGGAGCUGUUCAAGAACUCCAAGUUCAACGACAACCUGAACAGUACAAUCGACAUCAUCACCGAGGACUUCCAGACGAUCACGGCCAACAUCUCCAGCCUGAUCGCCAAGUCGGACUCGAGCAAAUCGAACCUGAACGAGGCGGGCGUGUCCUGCUGCAACCAGGAGAUAAGCGUCGAGGCCCAGAUCCACUGUCCCCAGUCGGUGGGUCCGGAGCAGGCGCCGGAAGACCCCGGGCCGGGGGGUAGCACGCCGCAACGCUCGCCCCAGCGGGAAGAACAUUGAUAGCGAAGGGCAGUGCCCGCGCCCAGCAGCAGCAGUACGCUCUACUCGUGCACGGUUUACGUGCUUUUCGUCGGUGUGUUGUUUCACUGUGUACGUGUAAGUGUUCGAAGGAGCGGAAGCAGCACACAAGAAGCUGCUGCAGUUUUCUAAUACAAAUCGAAAUGUGACACAAACGCGUACUUCGCAACAACAGCCCAAAAGUCCCCGUUAGCCAGAGGCGUUGUACUGAACUGUAGGCUGACAGUGGAAUUGUACUGUGUUUUUAAGAUAAAUGUAGACUAGAGCGAAGAUGGCAGGGGUAGAGGGUAGAGAAAUACAGCAGGGAAGACAGCAGAACCUCCUUGCGCCAACCCGUUCCGCUAGACUGCCUUCGCCAAAGCAAUCAGUCAAACACGGCCAAGCACCGAACGGAACCGUUCCCGGCUUGUAACUUUCGCAACGUUUGUCAGGGUUUGUAGGGCGCUGUAGUAGCUUUAACAGUUUACAAUCACGGCACGCGACAAGACGUGCCCUCCUCGGUACAACACUAUACACACAUCCUUUACAGUAGUGGUAGCAGAGAGAUCGAAGCACGUGCCCCUAGUCACACUUGUCUCCGGAGGCUAAAACGUCAAACCGUCAAUCAAACCCGCCAAAAAGUAACAAAAAAAAAAAAAACCUGUAACAGUCAUCAUCCUGUGUGCCUACAAUUUUGAACUGACUCUCGGGAGAAAGUACCGCACGUGCACUCCCACAACGAGGAGGCAAAGAAAGUGAAAGUAUCUUUCCCACCACCUCCCCGCUACCUAACACACAACACGUACAAAUAUUGCUCAUAUUGGAUCAGGCCACCUUCCCCCGGGUUCCCCGAAUCCCGGCAGCUACCGCCGCAACACGCACCAAAUCUGUGAGUUCUAUGAACUUUUUAACCAACUUUUGCAUGCGUCUGGAACAAUACCGGAGGGGGUUUUGGGAUGUUGAGAAGAAACGUCCCGCAGAGGAAAAUGAAGCGAUAUUGCGACAAGACAAGUCGGCAGAAUGCUCUCAAAACAGUUUCUUCUGUUUUCCCCCAUUUGGGGUUGGCGGAUGUUCCCGGUGAAGGAUCUUUACAUAUUUAUAUAAGCCCACUACUGUGUGUCACUGAUACAUAUCGAUGCAUAAUAUAGAGAGAAAAUAGAAAAUAAUGUACUUCAGGCAAAACGGCAAUGAUGGACAGAACGCUUGAUUGAGGAUUUUUUUUAUAGUCUUUCAAAGUUCUUCGCGAUCGCUUUCAACAUUUAAUUAAAUUAUUUUCUAUCAUUCUUUCGUUGUUCAGCAAAAACGAGCUGAUUGCUAUUGCUAAUGAAAUUAUUCCUUUAUUUAACUCGGUUCGGUUUAAUUCACUAUCGAUUGCCAAUAAUGGAACGUCCUGUGCACAAAAGAGCCUCUUGUAACUCAAUUGAAUGUUGGUACAUGUAAUAAGUAGUAAGAGCAUUAUAUGAAACACUAAACAACUAAAACGAGAUAUAUGAAGCAGCAACACCGAGGACUGUAUUGUCUGAUAAGUAGUAAAUACUAAACAGUAAUUUGAUAAGCGGCAAAACCAGGGCACGCUAGACAAGUUUAGGCAAUUAUAAACACGGAUGAAAGUAAGUAACUGUGAACGGAUGACUAAAUAGGAAUUAGCAGUAGCGCUAGUAGUAGCAUUUAGCAGUAGUAGCAGUGGCGCAUGGGAGAUUGGUUAUGUUACACUUGUUGCUUUAUUUAUGCCAUUCCAGGUGUGUGUGUCCUGCACAUGCAUAGGACACAACCCAAGUUGGGACAAGCGGGCAAACUCUUCCACAAAGCUGGGGAAGUUCCUUAGAUCGUGCGUGCAUCAUUGCGCAUUACGGUAAGACAUUGUAAGCAAAGCAGAUUCCUGUGCUUAACUCCUUAAGACCAUACCCUCCCCCUAAAAAAACCGGAAUAGAAACAGAAAAAAACAUGUCGCAGAUGCUGUGCGUCUUGCGUUAGUAUUUAGUGUGCAGCGUGCGGGAAAAGGGUAGAAGAAGGUAACCUUCGCUGUACGUUGCUAUAUAUAUAUACGAUGCUCUAGACUAUUGUUCGGGUGUAUACUAAUAGAUAUUGUGACACUAUCAUUAAAUGUAGACAAGCAAGUGUAGUGAGGAAAUACAUUACGACCGGUUUGGAGGGGAAGAAAAAAUGGUGGAGAAGAGGGGGAAAUAAUGCACCAAACCAGACGCAACUGCAGUGCAAUCAGUGGGCUGGACUUUCAAGCAUUUCCUCACUUCUCCCCAAUGCCGUUUGUAUGUGUGUGUGUGUAUGUGUGUGGCUGCAGUGUGUACUAAAAGUGGCAUAAAAGAGUUAUUUAACACGAACGAGUAAAUAAAUCGAUGUUUUGUAUGAAAAACUAA